GCCCCGGUCCCGUCCUGCCCCGCCGGACAUCCAUCUUGUGCGGCACCGGGCGGGCUGCGCGCUGCCGGCGGCGCCGCCGGGCUCGGGGAUAAGCGGAAUUGCUGCGGUGUUCGUGCGGCCAGUUCCUGUGGGGAGCCUGGAAGAACCUUCAGUAGAGCUGCUAACACUGAUGAGAGAUCUUUUAUGCCAAGGUCGUCGCUCUCUGAACAGACCACACCAUGCGUGAGUACAAGCUGGUGGUGCUUGGUUCAGGAGGUGUGGGCAAGUCCGCUCUGACUGUACAGUUCGUUCAGGGAAUUUUUGUUGAAAAAUAUGACCCAACAAUAGAAGAUUCAUACAGAAAGCAAGUGGAAGUAGACUGUCAGCAGUGCAUGCUGGAGAUCCUCGACACAGCAGGGACAGAGCAAUUCACAGCCAUGAGGGAUCUGUACAUGAAGAACGGGCAGGGGUUUGCACUAGUAUAUUCUAUAACAGCACAGUCCACGUUUAACGACCUACAGGACCUGCGGGAACAGAUCCUACGGGUUAAGGACACUGAAGAUGUUCCCAUGAUUCUGGUUGGCAAUAAAUGUGACCUGGAGGAAGAGCGAGUCGUGGGCAAAGAGCAGGGGCAGAACUUAGCACGACAGUGGUGUAACUGUGCCUUUCUAGAAUCGUCUGCAAAGUCGAAAAUCAACGUAAACGAGAUCUUUUAUGACCUGGUCAGACAGAUAAAUAGAAAAACACCAGUGGAAAAGAAGAAGCCUAAGAAGAAAUCAUGUCUGCUGCUUUAGACUCCCAUCACGCAGCAGCUCUGAGCCAGAUUGCAGGAAUGAAGAACUGUUGCCUAAAUGGAAAGUGCCAGCAUUCCCAACUUCAAAACCUUAUGGAAAUGAGUAACAUAUCGGAAGAAGCUUCUCCUGUUUUUUAUAUACCACGGGAAGAAUUUAGAUCUUAAAAAUGGUUUGCACACAGUCCCUGGAAAAAGCAGUUGCUCUGUGUAUAUCUCUUGGAAAUUUAAGCCAAUAUUCCUCCUCCUUUGCAAUAGCAAUUAACAGAUGUGAAAAUAAAUAUAAUUGACUCUAGCAUAUGAUUAUCCCAAGGAGCAUGGAUGCAUUUCAAAUGUUAGAGAUUGCUACUAUAAUUAAAAUUCAUAUUGACCAUUUUAUCAUAAUUUCUCCCCAUCAAGCACUAAAAAUGUUCCACUGUUAUAUUUUAUAUCUAUAACUAUAGAUAUAUAUUAUCCAAAAUUUCCCUUUGAACUCACUGCAACAAAUAACUUUUUGAGUCAUUGACUUCAUUUUAUAUUUAAAAGUUACGGAAUAUCAUUAUUUUCAUUCUGCCAUUGUAUUCUAAUUAAAAAUGUUUGUGCAUAAUGCUUUGGAAAAAUGGGUCUUUUAUAGGAAAAAAAAACUGGGAUAACUGAUUUCUAUGGCUUUAAAAGCAAAAAUAUAUAAUAUACUAAACCAACUCUAAUAUUGCUUCUUGUGUUUUACUGUCACAGAUUAAAUUACAGCUUUUAUGAAUGAUUAAAUUUUAGUACAUUUUCA